AUGUCUACCAGUAAUCGGAAACAAUGGGCUGACAAAAUGAAGAAAAAUGAGGGUGAGAUUGCUAUCAAGAAGGUAAAAGCGGUCCCAAGCGAGGAGAAUGUCGGGAUCCUCAAGAACGAAGCGGAAAAGAUCGGAGCCAGCGACAGGAUUGUCUCUCAGAAUAACUACAAGGAGCUGUGUGAGAGUCUUAGCAGUAGCGAUGAGCCUAAACAUUUUGUGUUCAGCAUACCCCAUGGAAGCAUAGGCGACAAGACUGUGGAAGGGUUAAGGCCAUAUCUGAAGAAGGGUGACGUGAUCAUCGAUUGCUCAAAUGAGCACUGGGAGAAUACCGAACGUCGACAGUCCAAACUCGAGCCAGAUGGUAUACACUAUAUCGGCUGUGGUGUCUCCGGCGGAUAUCACAGCGCUCGCCAUGGUCCAUCAUGUUCUCCUGGAGGAAGCGAGGAGGGUCUGGAGCGAGUCAUGCCGUUCCUGAAACAAAUUGCUGCCCGAGACAACCAAAACCGACCGUGCACCACUCCUGUUGGUCCAGGUGGCAGUGGGCAUUAUGUGAAAAUGCUUCACAACGGUAUCGAACAAGGAAUGAUGUCUGUGCUUGCUGAGGCAUGGUUCAUCCUAACGACAGGACUUGAGCUGAGUUACGAGGAAGUAGGGAGUAUAUUCGAAGCUUGGAACAAGGAAGGUCCUCUACACGACUGUUUUCUAGUCGACAUCGGUGCUGACAUCUGCCGGACCAAGGAUCAGAAAGGCGAAUAUGUUGAUAAGGGAAGUUAUGUGCUCGAGCACGUUCGCGACAAGGUAGUGCAGGAUGUUGAUGAGACUGAAGGCACAGGUUAUUGGACCUGUGAGCAAGCAGUUGCACAUCACGUCCCUGCAGCCUCGAUCCUUGCAGCGCAUCUUUUUAGAUGCGCUUCAGCUGAUGCAGCUCGGCGCAUUGAAAUUCAGCAAUCAUUUGGCGGAGGAGUGAAACCACAGCCAAUGAAGGUGGAUUCCAAAGAUCAGUUUGUGAAGGAUCUGGAGAUGUCAGUAUACAUCUGUUUCCUGAUGUGCUUUGCCCAAGGUCUUCACAUCAUCAAAAAGAUGGACCGAAAGAAAGGCUGGAACAUCAACUAUGGACAAUUGCUGCAACUUUAUCGUGGUGGUUGUAUCAUCCAGGCUGAUCACAUUGUGGACUUACUUCAGACUAUGUACGACCGCAACGACCACGAUGACGACGAUAUCUUAGCGAACAAGGAAGUCGGUGCCGAGCUGUCAAAGAACUUCCAAUCACUGAAGAAAGUGGUGCUUAAGAGCGUCGAGGCCGAUAUGUACAUACCCUCGAUCAGCCAGAGUCUUGAGUUUUACAAGUAUUCUGGUUCCACUAGCCUGCCUACGCAGUUCAUGGAAGCUGAGCUGGACUAUUUUGGCGCACAUAACUUCGACUUGAAGGAAGGUCCACCAGGAAAACCACAGACUGGCGAGCUUCACUUCUCGUGGAAACCUGCUAGAGGAAUUUUUGGGGAGUAG